UUCCAACCCUGGUUAGAAUGUCACAUUUCAGACAUUUUACGAUUAAAAAUCCAGGACUGAAAAGUGACGUUAAUACCUUUUUGAAAGUUAUACAAAAACAAAAGAGAAUUAACUACGAAUUUCAAAUCCUAAAAUAUUGAAAAGUGCAAGAAUGAAAAAAUGUUCAAUAAACAUAAAAAAUCCCACCGCUUUCUUUCAUUAAGUGAUAAAUUGAAAAUCAUUGAAGCUCUCAAUGCAGGUCAAACAGCAACAUCAUUAUCAAAACAAUAUAGAAUUUCACGUGCGGCAAUUAGUAAUUUAAAAAGAAAAAAAGGCAAUCUCAAAGAUGUGAAUCAAGUUAAUAAUCUCAAUGAAAUGGCAUUAAAUAAAAGGAAGGUAAUAAAAAAAGUUCACAAUGAAAAUUUAGAAAAAGCAAUUGUAAUGUGGUAUAAUGAAAAACGUUUAAUGGGACAACCAGUGAGUGGUCCAACGAUUUGUGAAAAAGCAUUAAUUUUCAAUAAUAGAUUAAAUGGUUCAGAAAAAUUUAAAGCAACCACCGGCUGGUUAACUGCAUUUAAAAGACGUUACGGCGUUAAAAUAAUACAAGAGGACAAAUUAUCAAUUGAUGGCGAUGCUGCAAGGGAAUUUUGCCUAAAAUUUCAACAAUUAAUUCAUGAUCAAAAUUAUGAUAAUAUGAAUUUGGUAUUUAAUGCUGAUGAGUGUGGAAUUUUAUGGAAAAAUUUGCCGAAAGCAACAAAUGAUAAAGACGAAAAUUCUGCAGGUUGGAAGGAGAAUAAAGAAAAAGUAUCAGUUUUAUUCUGUGCAAAUGCAGACGGUUCUCAUGCACUUCCACUAUUAAUAAUUGGAAAAUCAUGGAGUUCACGUUCAAUUUUAAGUACAACGGAGAAUAUUCAACAAUUACCGGUCAUGUAUCAGAAUGAAUCAUCGUCAAGCAUGACAUCGGAAAUAUUUCUCGAUUGGUAUACAAAUAUUUUUAUACCCUCCGUAGAGGAAAUGCAGGAGAAGACAAAAAAUUAUGGCAAAGUUUUGCUAUUAAUUGACACUGCAAAGUGUCAUCCAUCAAUGGAUGUACUUAAUUCAGUUAAUGAAAAUUUUCAAGUAAUGUAUAUACCGUCUAAAAUUACAUUCCUUGUACAACCAAUGGGACAGGGAAUUAUUGAGAAAACAAAGAGAACAUAUCGAAAAGCAUUUAUCACAUGUUUAUUGAAUGCAAGUAAUGAUGAUAAUAUGACUGUCGAUGAAUUUAUCGAGCAGCACACAAUGGAGGAUUGUUGUUUUAUGCUUUCGAAUGCAUUUGAAGCGGUAACGACGUUACAUUUAAAAAGUGCUUGGAAUAAACUCUAUGGUACAUCGCAAUUAGACGAGGUUAUCGAUAACGAUGAUGAGACAUUGGAAAUUAAAGUCUUCUAUCAUAUGUUGCAGAAAAUUAGCGGUUUCGAGAGGGUCUAUCCAGUGACGAUUAAAACUUGGCUAAACGUAGAUCAAUACGAUCUUGGAUGGGAAUCUUUGAUUGAUGACGAAAUUAUUGAAUUCGUCACUAAUCAAGCAAAUGAAAUAGUUCAUGAAACGAAUUCUAAUGAACAGAAUGAAAUCUUAAUAUCUAAUAAAAAACGAAAAUCGACAAAAGAAACUAAGAAGAAAAAGGAGAAUUUCGAAUUAAAAUUAAAUGAAUUGAAUAAAACUGUGGAAAUAAAGGAAGAAUGUGAGAAUAGAACGAAUAAUAUUUCAAAAAGUGUUGAAGUUACUAUUAGACUUUUACACGAAUGGUGUAAGAAAAGGAAAGAGUAUUCAGAGACAGAUUGUCAACUUUUGCACAAAUGGGAAUUACUAGCAAAAGAAGCGUCUGAGAAGAAAAAUUGAUUUCUGUAUUUUUAAAAAUUGUAAAUUUUGUACAUAUAUAGUGAAGGUAGAUAAGAAUUCACAAGACUGAUUUACAAAACGAUUUUUUUGAGAUCAACACAAGUUGAACAAGUGUUUGUCUACUAUUUUAAUUUUUUGUUCAGUAUUAAAAGUAUAGUCAUGGUUGCCUUUAAAUGUGUAUAGUAGGUAUACAUAAAAGUAUUUAUAAUUAAUCA